AGUCGACUGGAGAUGCUGCUGUGUUUACAUCUAGCUAGAUAGAUAACACCUUAUGAGCCAAAAGUUCGCCUAAAAAAUGACAGACACAGACCUUUAUCAGGAUGGUCUGAAGCCGAAGGGCGUAUUCUCCACUUUAGUGGCCGAUGGGGAUUGGCUGUACGUUAAAGGAGAGUAUAAGAAGGCUACAGACAGCUACACAACGGCACUGACUGUAAAGCCUGAUGACAAGACCUGCUUUGUUGGCCGAUCCAAAUGUUACCUGAGGAUUGGGCAAGCCGAAAGCGCUUUACAAGAUGCAGAGGCUUCACUCAAAGAAGACAAGUCAUUUUUCGAGGGAUUGUACCAGAAGGCAGAGGCAUUGUACUACAUUGGAGAAUUUGAAUUUGCGCUGGUGUUUUACCACAGAGGACAAAAGCUACGGCCACAAAUACAGGAGUUCAGACUGGGUAUCCAGAAAGCACAGGAGGCCAUAGAAAAAUCUAUUGGCAGCCCUUCCUCUGUAAAACUGAAGAUUAAGGGAGAUCUGUCAUUUCUCCAAAAAGAUGAGGAGAGCGCCCAGCCAAUUGCUGCUAUUCAGAAUCUGGCGACGGAGGAGAAACAGCAGAGCCAGAAGACCCCUAAGAGUGAGAAGACAACCAAACAACUACUGGGAGAAUUUUACAGUGACAAGAAAUAUCUAGAAAACCUGCUUAAAGAUGAAGAUUUGGUGAAAGGAAAGAUGAAAGGAGGGGAGCGACUGCAGGACGUCAUCCAGGGCUGCCUCAAAUACCUCGACGGCUGCACCGAGUUCUGGAACCAGGAGAAACCGAUCUCUCCUCGGGAAAAGGAGCGUAAACGCAGCAAGCCCCGUCACCGUGCGCCCUCUGAACCUGCUCAGUUUCUGCUGAAGAGCCUGGAUGACAUUGAUGCAGAGUUGGCAUCUGGAAAUUCAGAAGUUAGUCUCAAGAAGGCGAUAAAAGUCAUGGGGAUAGUGCAGGUCUGGUCAGAGAAAGAGAUGCCUGAUAAGAAGGAGGUUUUGGGCAGCCUGCACAGUUGUAUCGGGAACGCCUUAAUCGAACUGGGAGACAUGGACCAAGCUUUAGAGCAUCAUCAGAAAGACUUGGAGUUGGCUAAACAAUGCAAAUUCCCAGAUGCGAUGUCUAGGGCUCUGGACAACAUCGGACGGGUUUAUGCCCAAGUUGGACAGUUCAAACAGGCCAUUGAGUUCUGGGAGAAGAAGAUCCCCCUGGUCCGCAGUGGUUUAGAGAAGACGUGGUUGUUUCAUGAGAUUGGUCGGUGUUACCUGGAGCUCAGUCACCACGAAGAAGCUCGAGACUAUGGCGUCCGUUCAGUUGCUGCGGCCAAUGAAAUCGCUGAUGAGAAAUGGCAGAUUAAUGCCAAUGUUUUGGUGGCACAAUCAGAACUGAAACUUGGACACUAUGAAUUCUGUGUCUCCCACUUUGAGAGAGCCUUGACCCAAGCCAAACUGCAAGAAGACGACUCUGCCGCGAAUGUCAUUCAGAAGGCCCUUGAUGAAGCAAAGCUACACCUACCACAGUGAGGAUGUCCUCGGUCAAGAUUUACGGUGCUUCAGAAAGUUGAUAUAACGAAAAGAGACCAAUAAAAGUUAUCAAAGUCAUG